AUGGUUGUGGGUCUGAUCGGUCCGAUUCCCAUCGACACCGGGAUCAUUCACACUCACAGGAGUCCCAUAGACGUCGAGACCGUUCGUAUUCACGAGAGUCCCAUCGACAUUGGGAAUGUUCACGUUCACAAGAGUAUGAAGGCCCCAAUGUCGAAUAGAUUCACUCGACUACCAUUUAAUUCCUAUGAUAGGAAAACGGACCCGGUGGAGCACAUCAGCCAUUAUAUCCAAAUGAUGUCUCUGCACACUCACAAUGAUGCGCUGAUGUGUAAGGUAUUUCCUUUAAGCCUUAGGCCCACAGCAUUGAAAUGGUUUAAUGGGUUACGGAAAGAUUCCAUUCACAGUUUUAAUGAGUUGAUCCAAGAAUUCGGUGUCCGGUUUGUACCCUGUAGUUGGGUACAACAACUUAUUGACGCAUUGCUUUCUAUGAAAAUGAGGGUUGGGGAAACCCUUCGCAAUUAUACCAGUCAGUAUUGGGAGCUUUACAAUGAGAUAGGUGGAGGCAACGAAAAGAAUACGAUGAGCACCUUUAGGAUGUGGCUCCCCGAGGACUCCGGAUUACUGGAAUCACUGACGAAGAAGUCUCCCGAGGGUAUGAGGCAGCUAAUGAGGUGCAUUGAAGAGUACAAACGUCUUGAAGAUGAUCGGCUGCGGAGUAAGGAUAAGGCCCGGCUAGUGAAUCACCCUCGACAGCCCGGAUUUCAGCCCCGGCCCCGAAAGGAUCUAAGAAUACUAGAGCUGGAAAUACAAAUGGGAGAAGUGAAUGUGACAUUCAAAGAGCCAAUGCAUAAGAUCGUAGACUGA